AUGGUUUGCUUUCGGCUGUUCCCGUUCCUCCUCGGCACGGCCAUCGGCGUGUACGCGGCUCAGAACUACAAGGUCCCGAAUCUCCGCCGCCUCGCCAAGCGCUACGAGGAGGAAUACCGCACGAAGCCAGAAAUCGCUGGCGAGGGGAGGAAGAAGAAGGUGCAGGUGGAGAUCGACGAUGAGGAGGAGUAG